UAACGGCACUCCAUGAUGCAAUUAAAACAAACAAAUGGGAUUCCCCAAUUGUAAAACCGUUCAAAGCCGUAAAAAACGAACUUACAUCUACCACACACGGUGUUAUACUUCGAGGAACACGGAUUGUCAUUCCGGACACAAACGACGAAGUAAAUGAAGUAAUCAUUAAAAAGGAAAUGAUAGAAUAUUUAACUGGUAUCGUUGAUCAGAUUAGUGAUGAAUCUGAAGGCACAGAAGACCCAGUUUCUAUUGAAGCGAUAAACAACGAAGUGACUGUACAACAACGUGCAAUAGAUAUAGCACAUGAGACACACUUAGGAAUAGAGAAAACGAAGUCUCUAACUCGUGAAAAAAUCUGGUUUCCGCAAAUUGACAACCAAGUCAAAAACACAAUUGCUAAGUGCACCACUUGUCAAGCUGUCGGACAGGCGAAUCCUCCAGAACCAUUACGUAUGACCGAAAUGCCAGAGUUACCAUGGAGAACUGUCCACAUAGAUUUUUAUGGUCCACUACCAUCGUCUGAAUAUCUUUUAGUGGCGGUAGAUAGAUACUCCAGAUUCCCAGAGGUUGAGAUCGUUCAUUCAACACGAGCCUCAACAGUCAUUCCAAAACUUGACAAAAUGUUCUCAGUCCAUGGCAUUCCUGACACCAUUAUAUCUGACAAUGGUCCCCUUUUAACGGAGACGAAUAUGCACGAUAUCUGA